ACAAACACAGUACCCAUGUCGAAAUCUUCAGACGCUUUCACGAUCAACCCUCAACGCUUUGUAUCCUAGGCCUUACAAAGCCUCAGCUACAGUCCUCCAAGUUGCGUUCAGCAACCUCCAAUUUGGCCACAUUCGCGCCAUGUCCGCCUCCAACUCUACAGCGCUCACAAAGCGCAACGCGUCCGAUGCCCUCAUGCCGCCUCCUCCUGCGCCGAAGCGUAUCAAGCGUCCUUCUGUGGUCCUCGACGAAGAUACAUAUGUUUCUGCAAUCUCGCACAUCAUCCGCCGUGACUUCUUCCCCGGAUUGGCAGAAGCAGAUGCACAACGCGAGUACCUUAACGCCGUCGAGAGCAAGAACCGGGCAUGGAUACGAGAGGCGGGCAAAAGGCUUACACAAGUCAUGACGCCUGUGCCGAGCGGGCAGCGGAAGACGGCAGCAAGGACAAGGUUCGAGAAGGCGGGUGGAUCUGGGGAUAAGACACCAAGUGUAUGGGGUGCAGAUACACCCGUUACUGUGGCAGAGAGUAAAACAGAAGAAGUUGACCAAGACCUGGGCAAUUUAGAUCAUGUGGAUUUGGAUAUGAGCCUGGGGGCUUUCCAAGCAAAAUACACAAGCGAAGACCAGGAGAGCUUCAGUCAGAUUGUCGACAAGCAAAACAAGGCCAGAUUCGAGAAGAACGUGUGGUUACGACAGGGCAACACGUACGCAAGUAAACAGCGUAUAGCCCAACAGAAAGUCAUAGAAGCAAGAGCCGCAGAAUCAAAGGGCAAAGAACUAGUCCUCAGCACACGACCCAGCCAAGACCUCGACGAGCGACCAGCGGCACCAACUGGACACAGACAUACGGCCAUCAACAGUCUAAUGUUUGGCCCGGAAAGCGUAGAACAAUGGGCACCCACGCGCGUUCAAGUCGCAGAAAGCAAGUCCCUCGCGCCACCAAAGCGAGUCGUAUACAACAACACGCGCCUCCCUAUCCCCGACACCGAACAACCCCAAAGACCCUCAAGCCCCACCCUCUCCGCCGUCCGCGACGCCAUCGCCGGGCGCCCGCGCCUCAACCCUAGCGAAGGAGGCUACACCGGCAGCGAAACACCCCGCGUAAACGGCUACGCCUUUGUCGACGCGCACCCACCCUCCGACGACGACGAAGCAGACGCCCCCACGGACCUCCUCGAACGCUACGGUCUGAACACCAGUACCAAAGCCACACCCUUCACCAUGAACGAAUCUUCUUCCCGCGAGAAGAUGCUACAUAGAAUGGUGGACAAAAUCAAUGCGAACCGCUCUUCUUCUCAAUCCAACAACAAUAAUAAAUCAUUGCCGUCAUCGUCGUCAAUAGGAUCAGGUCUCGGUAUUUUCACUUCUCAAACUCCCAGACUUAAAGGUCCUUCUUCUACGCCUGGUGCGGCUAUGGCAGGCCAGACGCCCAGUCGAAAGGGCAAAGCGGAUCUUACGCCUGCGGCACAAAGGCUGUUUGAGAGGGUGGGUGGCGCGACGCCUAGGCAGAGUGGUAGUGCUGCGGCGACGGCGGGAUUUGGGGCGAGGGAGGGGAGGGAGUGGACACCUACGCCGAGGGUUAGGAGGAGGAAGGUAUGAUGGAGAGGUGAUUUGUGCGAAGUGCUCGUGCGGAUUGCAGGUUGCGGAUGGUGUUGCUACCCACUAUUAUUAUUUUCAUAGCAUAGAUGAUAGCGUAGCGUGUUGGUGUGUUGGUGUAUGGAUCAUGUAUAGAUAGAUCAAUGAAUGAAUGAAUGAAUGAGAAGUCUUUCCUCA